GCAGGUGUUUGUGUCAGCCGCAGACUGAGUGGCUGGCGUGCACAUUUGUUGUCGCUGUCACUGUCUGCUCGUCUUGGCUUCGGGUUUGCGAGCGAGCAGCCAUGGACUGCUGGCGUUGGCAGCGCAGUAAACGUCACUACGAGCGGGAGCUCCUGGAAGAGGUUGACCCGCUCCAGGCCCUGCUGGAGCUGGAGGAGGACUCGUACUUCCACGGGCGGCUGGACCGCAAGUCUGCGGAACCGCUGCUGCGCCGCGACGGAGACUUCCUGGUGCGGGAGACGCUCUUACUGGGCGUCUGGCAGCUGGCGCUGUCCGUGCGCUGGAGGGGCCAGCACCGCCACUUCGUGAUCCAGACGACUCCAGAGGGCUGGUUGACCACCGGCGGCCGGAGCUUCCGCACUGUGCAGGACUUGGUGGCGUUUCACCUGAAGCAGUCUGUGCCGCUGGAUGACCGGUGGGGCGUCGUGCUCAGGAAGCCCGUGUCUGCGUGGCUGCUCAGCAAGGCGGACCUCGACAUCGGGCAGACCCUCGGCAAGGGCCAGUUCGGCGUAGUGCGGCUCGGUGUGCUGCGCAGCACCGGUGAGCAGGUGGCGGUGAAGAAGUGCCUGAGGGACGGCGAUGUGACGCCGGGGCAGCAGAGGGCGCUGCUGGAGGAGGGCCGGCUGAUGCGCAGGUACCAGCACCCCAACGUGGUGCGCUUCAUUGGCUUCUGCCUGGACGGCCGCUCCCCCAUGGUCAUCUUGGAAUAUGUCAAAGAUGGACAGCUGCGCCAGUUCCUUCGCAAGAAUGGCAGGUCGCUGCUUCCUCACCAGCUGAUCGCCAUGUGCCGUGACGCGGCACACGGUAUGUGCUACCUCGAGUCCAUGAACUGCGUGCACAGGGACCUCGCUGCCAGGAACUGCCUCAAAGGUGACGUAGUGAAGAUAUCCGAUUUUGGAUUGUCACGCGAGGUGGAGCAGUAUUACCGGAGCGUCAACCAGAUGAACCUGCCACUAAAGUGGAUGGCGCCAGAAUCAGUGUACGAAGCCAAGUACUCUUCGAAGAGCGAUGUAUGGAGCUAUGGCGUGCUCAUGUGGGAGAUAUUCUCGAGAGGUGGUGAGCCAUAUUCGAAUAUGAAAGGCCGUGAAGCAGUCCACCUGGUGAGCAACGGAUACCGAAUGCAGCCUCCACCCAACAUGCCCCCCUCUCUGGCUGGCCUGAUGGCGGAGUGCUGGCAAACGGACCCACGGCGGAGGCCCAGCUUCCAGAGUAUUGCCGAGUUCCUCGAGAGCGAGCUGGCCCGCUACUAGGAAACACUGGGGACCUGCCUUCCAGACUCCUACAGGGCCAGACUCCCGGCAGGACCUCCUGUGGUGGCGACACCAGGAUGGUCACCUCUUCGAGACACUCCCGUCAAGUGGACAACGGACACAUUCUUGUGCAUUUCGGCUUAUGGCCACCCCUGCUGAGACAUUUCUGUGUUUAUCAUAUGUACUCACAAUAUCACCCAGUCCAUACAGACACAGACUUUUUUGUGUUUCAUCAAUCUUCUGGAUGACUUGAUAGUGUCCUUUGCACUUGAAAGUCAGCUGUUUAGUUUGAUUUAAUAAUUGAACUGUUGCACCAAAGAAUUAAUUUAAAUGGUUAAGCCAUAGAAACGAGUAGCACAUGACCAUGGCCUUACUGUCAAUAAGCAAGAACCACACACACAUACACGUUGUUCGUGCCAUCUGUAUCACAUCAUCACUACAUAAAACUGAAAAAUAUUCACCUAUCUUUGUACCACUCUACACGGUGUCGAGGAUAAAGAGAGACCGUGCAAGUGUACAGGAAAUGCAGUAAAAUUACAGAAAGGAAAAGCUCA